AUGCCUUCUCACUACAAUCCUAACGUCUCCCAUGACGAUGCCAUGUCCGUUGCCAGGCAGCUCCAGCAGGAGCAGGGUCGCGCAUCCCAGUCGCCCUUGAACCGCAACCAGGCAGCCCGUGAGGGUCCAGCUCGCCGCGGUAAUCGAAUUCCAAGUUCUGGUCUGGGAGGUCCCAUGGGGCCCCGUCAAACCAAUGCUGGCAACACUCGCACAGGACAACAAAUCUAUGGCAAUACCCCCUCUUCUCGCACCAACACUACCGCUACCAUGAGAGGCGGUUAUCAAGAUGGCGGCCAUGAUCGUGGUCGUGAUCGUGGUCGCGGACGCGGCCGUGGUGCCGCUCCUCCUGCUAACCACUCAAGCACCUAUUCGCACAUGCCAGAUCAGCGUCCCCAGCAGGACCCUUCGAGCAGCACCAGUGGCCCGAACAUCAUCUAUUACAGCGAUACUCCAGCUGAGCCAAACCAUGGUGGACGAAAUGCCACCGGCCCGAGUAUCAUCUAUUACAGUGAUACUCCAGCCAAGCCAAACCAUGGUGGAGGAAAUGUCGCUCAGACAGAUGCCCAGCCUCAGGCACAGGCCGACCGUACCACUCUUGACAAAACUACCAUCCCAGCGACAGUGGAGCAGGAAGCACAGAAGCCAAGCAUAGGACAUCGUAACGAUAAGCCAGUGGAGGCGAAAGUUGCGCGUGAUGGUCGGGCCACCAACAUCACGCAGGGACAGACACACCAACCCAGCGAUGCCACUCUCGUCCCGAGUCGUCCACGGGCUGCCCAGAACCCUCCCAGACUCCUUGAAGGCAAUGCAGCGCUCGCCCAAUCGAUGAGCAGUGCCGGCACAGCAUUCUGCUGGAACUAUUCCAACGAGGACGAGGCACCACAGCCUCUGGCUCCGACUGUUACAGAGCCUCAAUCACUGGAAACCGAAACCCAGUCUCUUGGAUCUCCUGGACAGGACACCCCACCCGCUGUCGUGGAGCAUUACCUGACCCAUCAGUAUGUUCCAAGCCAGUCCUAUGCUGCCAGGAUUGAGCCGAUUGUCAUCGACACAGCAGAUGGCUCUAUUGUGUGCACCUGCGCCCGUCAGGGUCAAGGCAGGGGAUUGAUGGGGUCGAGAUAUGCUAAUCCCAAUGAAGUCUCCAUCACGAUGGAGCGGAACUUCAUUCACCAUUGCCCUGUCCACCCGCGGGCGGACAUUUACAACCAGGAGACGCCUUCCACUGCCCGACACCCUUGA